GUUGUCUCAUUUUUCAAAUAUGAAAGUGAAACCGAACUUUCAUUAAACCCCGCAGACUGCGCUCCGCCGCCAGACAGCUGAAGAUGCCGGACACGCAGCCACAAGAGACGGAGAAGCGCUACGACCCCAAGGAUUCCACCCUGAAAUUCGUCAACAGGCCGGACGAAAUCACCGGUGAUAAUGAUGAAAGUAGACUCAGGGCUGAGAUGUCCUGUGGACAUGCAGUUGAUCCAAACUCACUGACGGCAUGGUGCAGAAGUCUGAUGGAUCAGGGUCAGUAUGUUUUCAAGUGCCCCGCAUUAAAGAAUGGAACAACUCAAAAAUGUGACGCAGUCUGGUCUUAUGAUGAAGUCCGAAGGGUGGCAUUGCUGACUGAUGAGGAGAAGGCCCACUUUGAAGAAACCCUGGCAGUUCUGGCUGCUGCUGAAUAUUGUGAAUUUAAACAGUGUCCAGGGUGCAAGACCUGUGUGGAGCGAGAAGAUCUGACCAACCUAUGUGUUCUCUGCACCAUCUGCACAGCUAUGAAGGGAAAUCUGUACCAGUUCUGCUGGCAGUGCCUGAAGGAGUGGAAGGGAGCGGCGCCACGAUCCGACCGCUGUGACAACGAAGGAUGCACCAACCAGCAACUCAACACCCUGCGGUCCUGCAAACUUGUUAGCUUACCUGAAACUAUGAUAAAUGAGUGCCCCCAAAUCCGCGCUUGUCCAACUUGUGGAAAUCUUGUUGAACAUGAUCGGACAGGGUGCAAGAACAUCCGCUGUAACAGGUGCCAGGUUGAGUUUUGCUUUGCCUGUUUGGAGACGACAGCCGCCUGUCAGAACACCCGCAGCGAUUAUUUUGGCCUCUGUGCCAAACCGGUGGCUCCAAGGCAAACGAGCAUUCCCGUUUGGAGGAAAAAUUAAGAAAGAGAUGCAUUCAAAGUUAAUACGAACCACUUGCAUUUAUGGUAGGUAUUAUCAAAAAGUUAAUAAAUGACCGUUAUCACUUGCAUUCAUUCUAAGCUUUAGACUUUAGUGAUUCUAUCAAAGAGGCUAAUGCGGCUUUACUAGCAGAUUUUAAAGUUUAACUUGUACACGCUUCUGUGGCUGUUAGGAUUAUGGCAGUAUCUUCCCCAAUUUACAUUUUUCUUUUUCUUUUUUUCAUUUUCUCUUGCUCCCUGAUUUUUAAUCUUGUUUUCGUUUUAUUUUAUGAUGUUCAUUUUUCCUGGUCCCUUACACUCUCUCGUAUCCUGUGUUUGCAGAUUUGGGGCUUCAAUCUGCAUUAAGGUUCUCAGGUGCUGCUGUAAUUUGGGCUGCAGUUACUUGAGAGGUCUGUUUAAGUCUCUUCUGUUGUGAUAUUAGAUACUUUGUUUGUAUGUAAAGGACCUUCCAAACUAGGCUCAGUGUUAUUUUGGACAAGACAGAUGAAUCGGACUUGUGAGCUUUUUUGGGUUAAAUGGCCUGUUCUUGUUAAAAUGGUUCCUUCUGUGCUUACAGUUCUCUGCUCAGAGUAACUCCAAUAAAAUACCUUUAAACAUUAA